AUGACCAACAACACCCAGGCAGGCCGCUCUGCAAGGCCCGACCCGUUCCUGGACGAGCUCAAUGCCGUGAGCCAACAUCUUGCAACCCCGGGUUUCCUUCGACGGUUGACUACGUCCCAACUGCCUUCUGCAGCGGUUAGCGAGUCGUCUUCGCUCAGCCCCACCCGAGAAGAAGCACGGUUGCCUCAUCCCCCAUCCAAUCUCAACCUCGCCGUUUCGUUCGAGGAUGAGAUUGAGCACGUGGACUUGAUCGCUCCGUUGAUUCAAGAGCCUUGUGCCGACGGCAGCCCAGGCCACAUUGAUCAGCAAGUCGUCCAUCACCUCGAAACUGCCUUUGUGGCUGCGCGUCGCACCUAUCAGACCAUGGCGGCUGAGCGUAGUUUUCAGACCUUCUCGCAUGGCCACCAAGACCUCGUGCUUGCCGUCGACUUCAACUACUUUGGUACGCGCAUGGUCACGGCGAGUUCCGACCAUCGCCUCAAGGUCUGGGACAAGAAGGACGAUUCGUGGACCCUGGUUGAGAGCUGGAAGGCUCACGAUGCCGAGAUAGUUGAUGUCAAAUGGAACGGCCCCUUCAUGGGUGAAGUUGUCGGCAGCAUCGGAGAAGAUGGCCGCUGCAAGCUUUGGCAAGAGGAUGUCACUGAAGUUGCCUUGUCUGGCAAUCGUUUCAAGUUGCUCUACAAUCUUGCUUCGCUAACCAAUGCUCCCUUCAUGUCUUUGGACUUCAAGAACAUCAUGCAGGAGACAUGGCUCGCGCUCAUUACGCGUGAUGGCUAUCUGACCGUGUACGAGCCUCAAGAUCAGAGCAACCUCCACGAGUGGACCAUCUUGGCCGAGCGCUGGGUUUCUGAGAACAACCCUCCUGAGCGACAAGAAGAGGUUGGCUUCAAGGUCGUUUUCCACAAGGAGAAGCUCCCAUGCUGGACCGCUAUCACUGCAGGCCUUGAUCGCAAGUCACUGUCCCUCGCCGUUGCUGCCAUGAAAGACGUCUUGAUCUUCCGUACUGAUAAGGCUAAGCGAUUCUUCCAAGUCGCAAAGCUCACCGGCGCGCGUCAAGUUAUUCGUGAUUUGGCUUGGGCCAACGGUUCCAUGCGCGGUUAUGAUAUCUUGGCAACUGCUAGCAAAGAUGGUGCUAUCCGCGUCUACGAGCUCACUACAACCACUGCAGACAAGGCACACGCAUCUGGAACUUCCUCAUCGGCUGUCGCGCCAUCUGUAUCGUCCCGCGUGGGUCUCAAGCACAGUGCGCAGUCUGGCAUAGGAGCUGGGCUGGCUGGUGCUUCUAAGGCACCGGCCAUGUCUCUCGAGAACGAACAGAACCCUGGUCGCAUUACUCAGGAAGUUGCCUUGAAGGAUGAGCUCACUGGACACCAUGGAGCUGUCUGGCGCGUCGCUUUCUCCCAGAUGGGUGAUCUCCUUGUGACUACCGGCGAUGAUGCCAGCAUCCGUACCUGGAAGCAGGCAGCCAACGGUCACUGGAUGGAGUACGCUCAGAUCGAGACUGCUCAGGACAACUAA